AUGACUACAUUGGCCGAUUUGCAUAGGUUGCGGGAGGCUCAUACAGCAGCAAAUGCAAACAAGGAUGGUACUUUACCUUUGGAUGAAGUGGAUAAAAACGCUCAAGAAGCGUUAAAUCAAUUAGAACUACGUAAAAAGGCUCGUUUAAUACAAGUAUCCACAGAAGACUCUGAAGUGAGGGCUUAUCUUCGCCAACUUGGUGAACCUGUCUGUUUAUUUGGUGAAGAUGGAGCAGACCGAAGAGAAAGACUACGGAUGAUUCUUGCAGUGAGCGGUGGUCCAGCUCAAAGACCAACUUUAACAGAUACAGUAAAAUCAUCAACUGGGACUGGUACAUCUGUUAAUCGACUUGGUGAAAAUAUUUCUACUACUGAGACUGUCGGAGAUGAUACUACAGUGUGGUACCAUCAAGGUCCGAAUACUCUUGCAGAGGCUCGUCUAUGGAUUAGUGAAUUUUCCUUAACUCGAGCUAAAGUACGGCUGGAUAGAGCUAGGAAUUAUUUCAAUAAUGUUCCAGCACCUCAACGCAAAGCUAAACUCCAAGAAUAUCAUAAGGUUUUGCGAAACACAAAUUUGCUAUGCAGUCAAGUUGGAGAUAUUCGACCAUUAAGUAUGUGUCGCUUUUCACCUGAUGGUAAACAAUUAGCUACAUCAUCUUGGAGUGGUCUAUGUCGUUUAUGGUCUAUUCCUGAUUGUAAUUUAGUUAUGAAUUUACGUGGGCAUACUGCACCAACUUGUGCUAUUGUUUGGCAUCCUCAAGCUGGUCUCCAGUCGGAACAACAAUUAGCACUUGCCAGCUCAGCUCAAGACGGAAGCGUUAAACUAUGGAGUUUAGAUAAUGAAGAACCUUUGGCCGAUAUUGAAGGUCACGCGCCUCACAGAGUAUCCCGCUUAGCCUUCCAUCCUUCUGGACGUUUCCUGGCAACUACGUGCUUCGAUCACUCAUGGCGCUUAUGGGAUUUAGAGGCUUGUGAAGAAAUUUUACACCAAGAAGGUCAUUCCAAGCCAGUUUAUGAUGUUGUUUUUCACCCUGAUGGUUCCUUAGCUCUAACCACCGGUUUGGAUGGAUAUGCUCGUGUUUGGGACUUACGAACAGGUCGUUGUAUUAUGUUUCUAGAAGGCCACCUUGAAGAGUUGCUGGGCGCAGAUGUAGCUGAUAAUGGUUAUCACGCAGCCACUUCUAGUGCAGAUAACACCGUUCGUAUUUGGGAUUUACGACAACAACAAGCAAUUUAUGUAAUACCAGCUCACACUAGUGUUGUAAGCAGCGUACGAUUUGAAUCACGCAACUGUAACUAUAUUGUUACCAGUUCGUUUGAUAAAACAACCAAAAUUUGGGGCCAUCCUAUCUGGACACCUAUCAAAACGCUCGAAGGACAUAACAGUAAAGUUGUUUAUGCAGACAUUUCACCAGACAAUAAAUACAUUGCAACCUGUUCCCACGACCUGACUUAUAAACUGUGGAGUAAAGAAGCAAACUAA